CACCAACGACCCGCCCAUCCGCCGCUUCUCCCACAGCCUGGUCAGGUGUUGGCUGUUCCCACACCGUAAACUUUGCAUUUUGAUACAUUAAGCAUCGUCUUUGUCGGGACAAACCCACCACAGGUCAUGUUCAGAAGGAUACUACAAAUGACUCCUGGGAAAGGAGGCUCCCAGAAUGCAGAGUCAGAGAAGCCCAGCACCGACCUCAACCACGACCAGACUUCAGAGGGCUUCAUCUGUCCUCAGUGCAUGAAGUCUCACAACUCUGCGGACGAGCUCUUCAAGCACUAUGAGCUGUUCCAUGACACGGGAGACCUGCCUGCUCACGUGGCGCCCACCCGUGAAGACCUAACAAUGUUGCGGCAGGAGGUCCAGGACCUCCACGCUUCUCUUAAGGAGGAGCGAUGGUUCUCUGGAGAACUAAAGAAAGAGUUAGACAAAGUACAAGGACACCUGAAGCAAACAGACGGACAGAUGGGAGCAGAGGAUUCAGCUCUUGAAAGGAAGCUGGUGGAAGCUGAGACAGAAAAGUUCAACAUUAAGCAGAUGAAAGACCUGUUUGAGCAGAAGGCUGCGCAGCUGGCCACAGAGAUAGUAGACCUGAAGUCCCGUUAUGAUGAGGAGAGAAGUCUGAGGGAGGCUGCUGAUCAGAGGAUUUCCAGUUUGAACGAACAGCUGCAGAAGGAGAAGCAGGAGAAUGAGAGACUUCAAACAGAACUGCUGCAGCGGCCGGGAGUGGAGGACGUGGAGGUUCUGCAGAAGGAGCUGGUACAGGUGCAGACGCUCAUGGACCGUAUGACCCGUGAGAGGGAGGAGGAGUCCGAGCGCCUUAAAAAUCACUACAUGGAGCUGCAGUCCAACUACACUACCUCAGAGAUUCAAAAACUGGAGAUGACCAUAUCCCAACUAAAAGCCGAGCUGGAGAAGGGUCCACAGGAAGCCGCUGUCUACACACAACAGAUCCACGAGCUGCAGGGCAACCUCAAUAAUUUACAGCAACAAUGUCAGAGCCUCUCUGAAAAGCUUGUGCGUAAGGAGAAGGAGCACCAGGAGCUAGAGGAGCACCUGGGAGCAGAGAAAGCUGCCAAGAAGGGAGUACAGGACAGCCUGAGGGAGAAGGAGUCAGAGGUGCAGGAGCUGCAGGCUAGAGCCUCGGGGGCCGAAACGUCCCUUCACAAGGCCCAGACCGAGCUGGCGGAGAGGGCGGAGGAGGUGUCCAAGCUGAAGGCUGAGCUGGCAGAGCUGGAGGUGAAGCACGCAGAGCUGAAGGUGGAGAGGAAGCAGCUUGAACAUCAAAGGGAGGAAAAAGAAAGCCAAGGUGCCCAGCAGCAGACGGAGAUCAGUCAGCUGCACACCAAGCUGCUGGAGGCUGAGAGGCAGGUGGGCGAGCUGCAGGGUCGUCUGAAGGAGCAGAGGCAGCUGUCUGGAGAGAAACUAAAGGACAAAGAGCAGCAAGCAGCUGACCUCCAGCUCAAACUAUCCCGCACAGAAGAGCAGCUGAAGGAGAGCUCCAGUAAGAACUCGGAGCUACAGCACCAGUUAGAGAAAGCCAAGCAGCAGCAGCAGGAGCUGCAGGCGCUGCAGCAGAACACCAACGGCAAACUGAGGGAGGCGCAGAAUGACCUGGAGCAGGUGCUGCGUCAGAUUGGAGAUAAAGACCAGAAGAUCCAGAACCUGGAGGCUCUACUUCAGAAAAGUAAAGACAUUGUGAGCCAGCUGGAAGCUGAGAGGGAGGACCUGUGUGCCAAGAUCCAGGCUGGGGAGGGAGAGACGGCUGUGCUUAACCAGCUCAAAGAGAAGAACCAUGCUCUGCAUGAACAGGUCGCACAGUUGACUGACAAGCUGAAGAACCAAUCAGAGAGCAACAAGCAGGCCCAGGAUAACCUUCACAAACAGGUCCAAGAGCAGAAGACUCAGCUGCGCUCAGCACAGGACCGAGCUCACACCCUGGAGACGUCAGUCAGCGAGCUCAGCGCUCAGCUCACCGACAGCAAGGAGAAAGUUUCCCAGCUGGACGCGCAGCUUAAGGCCAAAACAGAGUUGCUUCUGUCUUCAGAGGCCUCCAAAGCUGCACAGAAGGCCGACCUGGAGAACAGCCUGGAGGCUUCCCAGCAUGCACUGCAGGACAAACAGCAGGAACUGCAAAAAGCUCAGAAGAAGGUUGAGGAGCAGAACCAGAAGCUCAGAGAGAGACAGGAGCUGUUCGCUCAGCUGGAAACCAAUCUGAAAGAAUGUAAGGACAAACUGCUGGCCUCAGAGCAGCGGGUGGAGCAGCUGGAGGGGCUCACUAAGAAACUGGAAUCACAGGUGGUGGAGGUCCAGACUGCGAAAGAUCAGCUGCAGCAGGAGGUGCAGAAGCUGCAGAAGGAGAGUUCAGAGGUUAAACGGAAAGCAAAGGAGCUGCAACGCUCGCUGGAAACGGAGAAAGAAGGAGCUAAGAAUCUGCAUGAGGAGGUGCAGAAAAAAGCUGCUGCUCUGACUGGUGUGCAGCAGCAGCUGGAGCGCUGCGAGCAGGAAAUGGCUGCUCUGAGGGAGAACUUGGACAAGGUGACCCGGGAGGGAAAGACUCAGCAAGCAGAACUGGACAGGAAGGCUCAGAGUCUGACUGCAGAGCUGCAGAAAACCCAACAGGAGAAAGAAGCGCAAAGGAAAGAGCUCUUAGCUACUCAGGAGAACCUUCAAAAGGCUAUUAAGGCUCUGAAGGAGUGUCAAAACCAGCUGGAGACUGAGAGGAAGAACCAUAAAUCAACAAUGGCGGAGAAGGAAAAGUCUCACGAAAAGGCAAAAAAGGAGCUUCUAAAAACGAACGAGGCCAUCACAAAGAAAAUGAAUGAAUCGACGGAGCAGCUGGGGCGAACGAAAGAGGCGGAGCAAACGUUGAAAGCACAGCUGGCAUCAUUAGAGCAGCAGCAUUUGAAGACUCAGGGGGCGCUGAAGGAAAAGGAGGCUCAGAUGGAUGGGCUGCAGGAUCAGCUGAAAACUGUCCAGAGCUCCUUAGAGGAGGAGCUGAAGAAACUGAAGGACCAAGCGGCUCAGCUGCAGGAAGCAGGUGUCAAGAAGGCGGAGGAGGAGAGUAAACUAAAGGCUCAGGUAUCAGAGCUCAGCCAGGAUCUGUCCUCUGAGAGGAGCCGGGCGAAGGAGUUCCAAAAGGCUUUGGAGCAAAGCCAGGAAAACCUCACAAAGCUGCAGUCUGACUUCUACGGCAAAGAGUCCGAGGCGUCGGCUCUGCGUCAGGACCUGAAGACCUCACAGGAGAAACUGAGCGAGGCCCAGGAGGAGCUCGCUGCCAACCGAACCCAUCAGACGGGUUUAGAGACUCAGAUUCAGGAGCUGAAGGAGGCCCGGUCAGCACUGGAGCAGGAACUCCUCCAACGACAUCAGGAGCUCCAGCAGCAACAGCAAAGUCUGAAGGGGCUGCAGAAGCAAGAGGAGCAAGUUAGAGAGGAACUGCUGAAGGAAAGAAGUAAGACGGAGGAGCUGAGCAAAACCAAGGAGGAGCUGGGAAAAAACAACCUUAAACUAAGUUCAGAGCUGAAAACACUGGCAGAGAAAAGUGAGAAGGAGCUGGGCGAGUUGCAGGAAGCCAAGCAGCUUCUGAUCCAGCAGAAACUGGAGCUGCAGAAUCAGGUGGAGGCAGCGCAGGGAGCACUCAAGGAGGAGCAGAAGGAGCACCAAGCCACCAGGGACAGCAGGAGCAAACGAGAGGAGCAGCUCCUCGCCCAGACAAAACAAGUCCAGGAUCAACUCGGGGCGGAGAGGAGAGCCAGAGAGGAGCAGGUGAAGCGUGGGGAGGAGGCUGAGGCUAAGCUGAGCAUUCAAGUUACUGCCCUGAAUGAAAACGUGGCCACGCUGAAGAGGGAGUGGCAGAGCAGCCAGCGCCGAGUCAGCGAACUGGAGAAACAGACGGAUGAGCUGAUAGGGGAGAUUGCUGUGCUAGAAGCAACCGUCCAAAACAACCAGGAUGAACGGCGGGCUCUGCUGGAGAGGUGUGUUGCAGGUGAAGGCGAGAUCGAGAAGCUGCAGGCCAAAGUGGUGGAGCUCCGCAGGAAGCUGGACGACACCACAGCAGCCAUGCAGGAGCUGGGCAGGGAGAACCAGUCGCUGCAGAUUAAACAGUCGCAAAGUCUGACCAGGAAGUGGGCAGAGGACCACGAAGUUCAGAACUGCAUGGCCUGUGGGAAAGGCUUCAGCGUCACAGUCCGAAAGCAUCACUGUCGACAUUGUGGGAACAUCUUCUGCGCCGAGUGUUCAGCGAAGAGCGCCCUCACGCCGUCUUCUAAGAAGCCUGUACGGGUCUGCGAAACGUGCUUCGAGGAGCUCCAAGGCUGAUUUAUUUAUUUCUUUUCCGUGUUUUCCUGCCCCUUAACUCCUUCCCUUUAAAUCCUGUCAAUUCCCUGCCAGCAGAAGACGGCUCGUCUUUAUCAUUUUUUGAUGUGCACUAAUGAAAAACAGAUUCCCCUCCCGCUGCAUAGGCCUCCUGGCCCUAAUGUGGAGGGAUUGACUGAAGAGAUGCUGCUGGGAUGCAGUGGCAGAGACCGUCUGUAUCUGUUUUUGUGCCUUUUGCUACUCCUUUGGACUGCCAGAGAGCGGAGUCUGUGAUGAGGAAGCCUGCUCAUCAUGUUCAUGUUCACGUCUCCAUCAGUGUUGGUGCAUCAGCAGCAGUUGUGAUAUAGCUGCUUUGAUCUUGGUUCAUGUUUUGCUGGUGUCACCAGUGACCGCUCAGUGCAGUUCUGCCAUGCAAAGGUAAAAGCAGGCAACGUUUCUAAUGGUUUGUGUUUAAUCAUAGAAUCUUGAAUUAAAACAAAUAACUCUUAAACCGAUGCUUAUAAAUAAAGAGUUUAACCUAAAUAAAACGCUAAUUUUCUAUAAUUUAUCACUUAACCAACAAACAAUAUGUGGGUUCUUAAAGUUGCCAAUUUGACACCAGAAUCUUUGUAAAGAUGCACUGAUCAGGCUUUUUCUGGCCAAUAAUCUACUCUAUUUUUUUUUUCUUUUAAUAUCUGAGCUGCCUAUACGGAUUUUAAGAAUACAUUUUUUCCCUCUGAAAAACCUAAAACAGGAAAAGUAUCCUGCAGGUAAUUUUUUAUCAGUAGCUUUUAAUCCUACAGAAAAUUAUGAUGCUCCAAUAUUUAUGCAUUGAAAACCAAAUGUCCUCCAUUAAACUACAUGAGGUCAGUUGAUGCUCUGAAUGACUUCAAUCAAGUGGGAGGUUUUAGUUUUUAGGUAGUAAAUACAUUUUUCAUUAAAUCAACCUGCCAAACACACUGAUCUCAAUUAUGAUAUACUGUAGGUACAAUUAUCAUGAAGCUAUAUCUGAAGUAUUAUAUCCUUUUCAGUUCACUAAUUGGGGUUCUGAUUUUUUAUUAUUCCAGUUUAAUCUAGAAAUGAAACUCUGAGCUAUCUCAGUUUUUUUUUUUUUUUUUUUGCAUCAGAGCUAAAACAUUUUAAAAAGGAUUCUUGCAUUUCUUCAGGCGUUUUCUUUGAGUGAAUUGGAGAGCUCUGAUCUCUGGCCAGCUGAUUAAUGCAUCUCUGCUUAAUUGGUGAAUGUUUCUUAGUCUAUUGGCUUUAGUAUUUAUUCAUUAUGUGUAGAAUUUAAUAAAGAAAUACUUAAAUGUAGGCUUUAAAAUUAAAGAACAUGCACUGUGUAGAUCAUUUUUGUUUUGAUUUCUCCUGUGAUUGGUCACCAGCUACCAUCUGGUCCUGUACAGAAUCUCACCCAGUUGCUACAGCCUGCUGUUUUUGUUUGCUAAUCUGCAGAAAUGUAUGUAUGAUGACCAUUUCAUGACCAAAGAAUGUCUGCAGUACAGUUUGUAGUAGCCGUUAAAGCUUUUGGACUUUUUCUUUUGUUAUUUUCUUCAGUUUUAGGUGCUUUCUAAACACUGCUGAUGCAGUAACUGAAGGUGCCUCCAUGUGUUAAUUUAAUUUUCCCUGCAAUUCAACAGCACUGAUUGUGUUUUGCGCUCUGCUUUGAAGCAAUAACUGCAGCGGCGUGUGCAUCAGUUUGCUGCCUGGGACAGCGAAGUUCAGCAACCGGUGCCGGUUCUCCGUCCAUCUGAGAACACUGCUCAGUUGAACUCUUUGCUCUUUUUAUUUAUAAUUGCUUGUGGGUUCUGAUAGGAUCUCAUGUGUUUUACAUUUUGUUGACUGGAUCAGGUGGAAACACUGUAAAGAAGAUUAUGCACCGUUCUCUGCAGUUCGUCUCAGAUUCACCAAAUUAGCUCCUGAAUGCUCAUUACAAACGAAUGUCCAUUUCAUCUGCUGGAAAAGGUUUUUUUUGUGCUAAAUCGGUUUCAUGCCUACCUCAGUUUGGCCGAAAAAAGCAUUAUUUCUAGAUUAUGGGCAUCAUAAAUGUUUCUCCACUUGCAUCUGAUACAGGAUCUAGGAUUGGUGAGAGGUUUUGCACCUUAAUCUACGCUGGGCUCCUAUUGGCUGAGACUGCAGCCGCAAAAAGGACAACCCGCUUUAUACAGGCUUCAGCAUCUCCUGCUCAUCAUAAUUAUCUUUGUAAAUGUUUGUAAUGAGAGAGGUGAAUUACUUAUAUGUGGCCGUAGAGAUGUGAAACAGUGUUUGGAUUGCACUCAUUUUAACAAAGGGAACCACAGACUUUGCUUCAGAUGCAACGACUCGUGGCUUCGUGCGUGUUGCCGUCGGUUUUCGUGCAUGAUGGCUCAAUGUUUUUAUCUGUUUUGGUUGUGAAGGUGGGCCUGAGCCCAGGUUCCACUGCUGCUCACUGAGAUCUUGUAUUAGUCUGGGUUGCUUCGUGUGACCUGCAUGGAUGAGGGAGGUGGUGUACUUUGUGUUCACAUGCACCAGUUGAUUUUUCUUAUCUGUUGACAUGGAACCGCUAAAUAAAGACCUGCAGUAUGUUUCUAUAAA